ACACGGAAUGACUUAUACAACAGUUGUAUACCACAGAUUGUUUAUUACGAUGUUCAUAGUCAUUAACUUACUUCUUGCCAUUUUGCCUGCCCAAGGGGCAAUAGAUUGUCUGUGUGCUAAAGAGGAUCUCAGCGUCCCAACGAAUACCGGGCACUUAGUGGUAGCACGUGGUGAGUGUACAGGCAUUGAGGACAAAGUUGGAGACAGUCACCAGGCCGUGUGGUUCCAGGUCAAACACGGCAAUGAGAACCAACAUGCACAGAUAUAUCCACUCAGUGUCAAAAAUACUUUCUGGGCACACCAAAACUGCAAAAAAUACUGCAAUGUCUGUGAUACACAUCUCACCAUGUGUGGUGACGAGGAACCUAACUGUCACCUGUACGGCAAGUCGGCGUGUAGUCAGUAUGGCGUGUGGGCGCGUCAGAAACGCAAGCAGUAUUGUGGUUUCUGCGAUGAAUUUUGUUUGGAUAACUUAAAGGACUGCUCAUCGUACGGCAAGUCUGUGUGUACACAGUAUGCGUCGUGGGCCUUGACUCACUGUCAGAACUUUUGCGAUUUAUGCGGUAAGUACACCUAACGAAAACAGUCAACAGGACCAAUGCCACAACGGACCAAAUCGACUGAGAGCAAAAACGUGCCAGCUAAUGUUUGAGUUAUAGCCAAACAAACUGGAUAUCUUGACCAAAUCGAAAUGUCCGACACCCCAUCUCUACGUGAACUUCGUGUUCUUACUUAUGGUUAUUUUUAUGUAACGUAGAAUAUAUGUUAUAAAUAACCAUACCACAUCCAAAUAACAGAAGCGAACU